AUCACGAUUGCCUUAUCUGAGUAAGGCGGUGGCCUGAGUAAAGCUGUGAGUAUCCGAACGCAGCCAAGUUUUCUCUGGGAAUCGACUCGUGUGUAUAUAGGCAGAAGUCUGAGCUAAACACUGAGUAAAUCUCACCCUUUCACUCCCUUUAACUCACUCCCUCUGGUCGCAUUCCUCUGAUACGCAUCGGGAGCCGCUCACAUACCUGUCAUAUUCCUCACCAAAGCUGCACUUCCGUGAGUCAUGUCGGUCGGGUGACCGACAAUAAUGCGAUUGAACUAGAAUAAUAUCGGUGCUUUUGGACUUUUAAAAAAGAGGGAAGGCAAAAAGUUUCUGAUACAGCUGCAGUUCACCUGAGCAAAUGAUGGAUCGUGUUUCCCAGCGAGACUCACAGACCGUGUAAAAGCUCCCGGAACAGGUGUGACAACGAAUGAAGGGAAAAUGGGGGGCUGCUGGAGAUGGUGCUACCAAACCUGCACCUGCUGUCUGAGCGAGGAGGAAAGGAAAACGAUCGCUAUAGACAAAGAAAUCCGGAGAAUUCUUGCUGAACAGAAAAAGAGAGAGCGCAGAGAAAUAAAAGUGCUCCUACUGGGUACAGGAGAGAGUGGGAAAACUACAUUUAUCAAGCAGAUGAGAAUCAUCCAUGGGAAUGGAUUCUCUGAGGAAGACAGACGCUCCUUUGCCAAACUGGUUUUCCAGAACAUCUUCACAGCAAUUAAGGCUAUGACAACAGCCAUGACAACCCUCAGGAUUCCCUAUACCAACCAGCAGAACGAGGCUUAUGCUAAGUGGAUUCAAGCUGUCAGUAUAAAUGAGGUGACCCAACUGGAGCGAGCUUAUGUAGAUGCUAUUCGAUGCCUGUGGGCAGACACUGGACUUAAAAUCUGCUACAGUCGCCGGCGAGAGUACCAACUACUGGACUCCACUGAAUACUUUAUGACGAACCUGGAGCGCAUUGCGGCCCGGGACUACAUCCCCACUGCUCAGGAUGUGCUGAGGGUACGUUUCCCAACCACCGGCAUCAAUGACUACUCCUUUGUAGUCGAGAAGAUCACUCUUAGGAUUGUGGAUGUUGGGGGGCAGAAAUCAGAGAGGAGGAAGUGGAUCCACUGCUUCGAGUAUGUGACAUCGCUCAUCUUCUUGGCUUCACUUAGCGAGUAUGAUCAGGUUCUGGAGGAGAACAACAAAGAUAACCGAAUGGAGGAAAGUCUAACACUUUUCUACACUACCAUCCACUCACCCUGGUUUGCCAAUUCCUCUAUCAUCCUCUUUCUCAAUAAAAUGGACAUCCUGGCUGAGAAGAUUAAGACGUCUGACCUGCAUAGCUACUUCCCUAGGUUCCAGGGCAGGAAACGGGACCCUGAUGCGGCAAUGGACUUCAUCCGUGAGAUGUACAAGCAGCAGGCACAGAACCCUGAAAAGAAGGAAAACAAGACCAUUUACCCGCACUUCACCUGUGCAACAGACACCAACAACAUACGCAAGGUGUUCAGCGAUGUGAAAGACACGGUGCUCAUCAAGUCUUUGCAGGAAUAUGGCGUGCUGUGACCAGGCCAUUUCAUGACUGCUUCUCAAAAAAUUGGGGAUUAAUCCACCCCUUCACCUUUUUCUAGUGUCAUUUGUCAUAAAAUUCAUUUUUCUAUUUGUUUUGGGUGGUAGACAUGGUACAAACAUCUCCAACCAUUGCAGUAAUGAAAUGGGCCAGAGCAUGGCUAAAGAAAUCAUUAAGGUUUUUCACCAUGCAGGACAGAUAUUUGUGGGUUUCUGUUUUUCUUCUUGUUUGUGUGCAAGACAACAAUGGAAACACUCUGGAUUUUACAUUUGACUGCUACAUUGCUGGCUGGAAAGACUAUGUUGCAGUGUACAACCAAAGGCAUCCACAUAUAAAAGGAAAAAAAUGGCUUCUCUCAAUGAGAACAUUAGGAUGUAUGAAGCUUUUUUUUUUCUUUUUUUAUUAUUGCUGGGGUUACAUGAUUUGUUGGUCUUAUGGAUAACAACACAUUGACUGUUCAACAUUUUUACAGUCGAAUAUAAGGGACUGCAGACAGUAAGGGCUUUACUUCUUCCUCUGGGACUAGGUCUUAUGUCCUUAUCUACAAGGAUAUGGCUUUUUAUCAUUUUUAUACCUUUAUUUCAUCUUUGUACUCUUUUGCUCAAUUAUACUCUUUUUAAAUUAGAGCUUAUUUGCUCUUUGUACAAUUUAUAUUUAUCAUUUGGACUUAGUAUUAUGUCUAGCAAACAUUCUAAAUUUAGGUGCUUAUAAUCAUUUGUAAUAUGAAGGGUGAGCUGAACUUCUUAUUUUUAAGCAAUUGAAUAUAAAACAUCUCAAAAAAAUGAAGUAAAUCCCGUUGUUAUAUGUUCUCAACUUUUAACCUAUGAAUGAUUUGUCUAUUGUAGUAGUUAAAAGUUUUUUAACAUUUAAUAAAUAAUAAUAAAUAAUAUCAUAAUAACUAGUUAAAUGAAUAAAUAAUAAAGAACAAGCCAUGGCAGAAUUACAUAAGUUUUCAUUAGAAAUGUUUCAAAAUGUAUUCAUUCAAUCACCUUCAGUUCUUCGUUAUCUUGGUCAGUGUUGCAGUAGAUCCGGAACUUGUCUCGGGAAAAUCAGGCAACAGGCAAGAAUACAUCCUGGAUUAGACACCAUCACAAGAUUUUAUGCACAUGCUAAGUUUGUACCAGAUGGGGGAAAAAAGAACACAAGGAACAGAACAUAGAAACUCGAUCCAGACAGAGACCCACACUUCGGAUGGAGACCCUCACACUGUGAGGAAGCAGUGCUACCAACUGUAUUUAAAUCAUAUACAAUGCAGAUUAUUAUUCACUUAGCAUUUGAUUAUAUAGAAGCAUGGUAAUUAUUCAUUCUACUUAUAAACUAAGCCAUCUGUUUGCAAUAUUUUAUGGUUAAUGGACAAUUUAUUAUCAUGGUGCCUGAUUUAUGUGGGUAAUGGAAAACUAACAAUUUUUUUCUAAAUUGAUAAAUAAGGCAUGUAUUGCGUUAUCGUGCUAUUAUUUUUUUGUUUCUUUUGUUAAAUAUACAGUGGUGUUCUGUAUAUAAUUCAUACAGUAUUGCGGUAUUAAUAUAGGGGAAGGUUUUUGUCCCAUUUGUUUACCCAGCUGUUUUUUUUUUUAUUUUGUGUUAGUGAGUUAACAGUUGCCUCUUCAUGCAUACUAGAAAUCUUGGUCACUGUGGUUUCAAAUAAUUAUUACUCCCAUGACCCCCAAGCAUUUGAAAUUCCACUGUGCAUUAUUGAAGUCAAAUGUUAAUGUUAACUAUGAAUCAACCCUUUCCAGAUUCAGUCCAUAUACAGAUCAGUGUUUGAGUCCAUCAGCAUAUAGAUAUUUCAGUAUCGCACAGCUGCUAGACUGAGCAUCACAUAUUGUCACACGAGAGUAGGCUGUUACAUGGGGAAGGCGGCUUUGCUGUCUAGAUACCACAGUAGAAGUACAACUGAUAAACGCUUCAUGUCCACUUUGUUCGGAACAGUUCUAAACCUUCAUGUGGCAGCAGUACAAUGCAAAAAAUCAGGCAGAUGCUGGUCGAGAGCUUCAGUUAAUGUUCAUGACUAAUGAUUUUGAUGUGUCUGUGUAGCAUGAUUGUUGGUACCAGAUGUGCUGGUUUGAGUAUAGUAGAAACAUAUACAUGUAGCACAUUCACCUCACAGUGAUUUCUGAGAUGCUUUUCUGUUCACCACUGUUGUAAGGAGUGAUUAUGUGGGCUAGAAACUUCCUGUAAGCUACUGUAAAUCCAAUCUGCACAUUCUCCUCUGACCUCUCUUGUCCUGUAUCUACAUGUUUUUUGGCUGUGUGAAUGUCCCGGUGUAUAGAUUUUCCUAAUGAAGUAGAUUAUGAGUGUAUUUUAGUUUUUCGAUGCUCUUUUCACCAGUCAGUCAUGUUCUAUUUUGACUUUUUUCUCCUUUCCAAUGUAUGUAUAUACAACACACACAUGAACGAAUUUGAAUGUACCUAGCCAUGUGUGUGUGUGUAUGUAUGUAUGUAUGUAUGUAUGUAUGUAUGUAUGUAUGUAUGUAUGUAUGUAUACACACACACACACACACACACACACACGUAUGUAGUAUAUAUAUAGUGUCUGUGUGUGUGUUUAUUGCCACACUGCUUAUUUUUGGGGCCUUAAUGGAAAUGACAUUUUGUUCUUUUAUACUGACCUUACUCUUUUAUACAAAUCUUUGUGUUAAAAUAAAUAGGGCUUUGCAGUGCAGUCAGAGACUUUUAUUUAUUUGACUCUUCCAUAUAGGUACACAUACAUGCAAUUAUUUUUGUUUGUAUUCAAGCAGGUCUUUACUGCAUUUGCACUUCCUCACACAUUGAAGUAAACAAAAAUGUCACCGCAGAAAGUUUAAAUAAAAUGGCUCAUCCAGCUGUUCCUGUGCAAAUAGAGAUAUAUGAGCCACUGUGUGUCGUUCAUAAGCCGAUUUUGGGAAACCAAGUGAAUUCCCAUGUUCACAUGUUCAAAGCUGGACUUUAAAGCUAGACUAAGCAUUCAUAUUGUAUUCAGAAAUAUGACUAUUAGUACUAGUAAUACUAAGUCUGAUCUAACUAUACUGUUGUUUGUGCAACGAUAAACAAUAAAGUUUUACACGUUA